CCAAGUUGAUAAUUAGAACUUGCCACUUUACUGCAUUUCCGGACUGCGAUUACACUUGGUCGCAGUUUGGUGUUGUGUUUUAGCGUGUCAAGCUUUUGGCGCCGUUGCCAGGGAAUUUCUAGGUUAUUGUAGAAAUGUGAAAGUUUGUUACUCUAGAGCCCCCGUUGUCCAUCACUUCUUGGGAUGAUCUGGCCGACAAGUUCGUGCACAGGUAAUAUCCAGCAUCGAAGACCACAGAGAUCCAGCGGGAGAUCACUCACUUCCGCCAAGAUCCAGACGAGUCACUUCGUGAUGCAUGGGAGCGAUAACUUUGAGGUGAGCACCUCUGUCAUCACCAUGCUGCGCGGUUCGGUGGUGUUCUGUGGCAAAGAGGGGGAGUGCCCCCGAUCACAUCUGAGGCGAUUCCACGAGCUCAUUGAUGGAAUCAAGAUAAAUGGGGUCCCAGCUGAUGCCAUCCAGCUAAGGUACUUCCCAUUUACUCUGGAGUGGCUAGACACUCGACCUCCAGGCUCGAUCACCACGUUCGCCAACUUGGCGGACAAGUUCCUCACUCGCUACCAUCCCCUGUCCAAGACGGCGGACCUGCAGAAUCAAAUAACCCACUUUGCUCAAGAUGAAGAUGAGACCAUCCGGGAUGCUUGGGAGAGAUACACCAGUCUCUUCCUCAAAUGUCCCAACCAUGGUUUUACUGACACCUUCAAGGUUGGCACCUUCUAACAUGCCCUCUUCCCGGAAGACAAGCAGCUGAUUGACUCGGUCUGUGGCGGGAAUAUGCUCACCAAAACACCAUCACAGCUGAAUCAACUCUUUGAAGAGAU